AUGGCCGCGCCGCUGAUGCGCAACGCCGUCAAGCGCCCCGGCAGCUCCUCCCGCGCCCUCCCGGCUCUGCUCCGACGAUGCCGCUUGGCCGUUUGCAUCAGCAGCAGCAUCAGCAGCAGCAGCAGCUCCGCGGGGGCAGACGUCAAGCCCGCCACGCACCACCACCUCGCGCCGGAACCCGCGCCCCCAGAGGUGCUGCUGCAGCUGCCGCGGUCCUCAACGCACGUACGCCUCGCCAGACCCGCCUUCGACGCCACGAGCCUUCGCUGGGUCGGGGGCAGAGGCGAGAAGAGCCCGGAUCCCAACAAGGCCAAGCUCGGAAAGACUCUCAGGAUACUCCAAGAACGCCUGCCGACCCUCCUGCAGUCCCCGCUGCCCCAAGAGAUCCUCGCACCGAACAUCGCCCUGCAGCUCUUCCCCACGACCCAUCCUCACCUCCCCACCGUCUCGGGCCGGGUCGCAUACAACGCCGCGCUCUGGACAUCCCCCAUUGCGUGGAACCGCGUCCCCAUCAUCGGCAACGUCAGGCUCGAGAUUCUCGCCGAGCGCAUGACCUCGGAGCCCCUGACCUUCCUGCCCCGGCGACCCGGCGCCAUCCCCGAGCAGCUCGUCGUCCGUUGGACCCUGUGGGGCGGCAGGGGCGCCGGCGUCGAACCCAACAAGGCCUUUACCGGCCUCUUCACCUUUGACUUCGACGCCCAGGGCAGGAUCCUAACCCACACCAUCGAGCAGGCCCAGGAGGGCGGCGACUGGGAGCGAGGCGUGGGGGCCAAGUUUGUCGGGCUGACGGACUGGCUUCUCGGAGGCAUGAAAGACCCGGAUGAUACCCCAAUACCAGUGUUUGAGAAUCUCAAAAAACGACGCGAGAAUUGA